CAAUAAGCUCGAGAUCUGAUUCUUGAAAAGUCACGUAGCAUCUGGCAUAAGUUAUUGGGGCGGGUUAAGAAUAAAGAGACGUAUUUCUGCGGCUAGUAGGUUGUCAAGAGAGCCCAGGUGCUAUGAUGGCGGCAAUGGUCUCAGAGGCAUCAUCUCAAGAGCUGUUUCCUCACAUGGCGCCGGGAUAUUUCCCGGGCCUCUGGUGCCCCACUGCGGCCGAGGUUCCUCUCCCGCGGUUGCCUCAUAAGUCGCCUCUGGCGGAAGAGCAACACUCGCAAGCAGCGCCGUUUGGGACGCCUUUUGAGGCGCCUCAUAAGCAGUCUCACAGAUCGUCUCUGGCGGAGAAGCAACACUCGCAAGCAGCAGCGUUUGGGACGCCUCAAGAGGAGCCAGUGCCGAGUGGCAGUGCCGGGCUGGAGAUUCCUUGCUCCCACUCUCAGCAGGAGCUGCCUUGCUCCCACUCUCAGCAAGAGCUGCCUUGCUCCCACUCUCAACAGGAGCUGCCUUGCUACCACUCUCAACAGGAGCUGCCUUGCUCCCACUCUCAACAGGAGCUGCCUUGCUCCCACUCUCAACAGGAGAUUCCUCGCUCCCACUCUCAGCAGGAGUUAAAUGGCCUUCGUCCCUCCCAGUCGCAGGAGCCGGCGGGGCGGCACGGGUUGGAGGACAUAAUAGAGUCCCAUUCCCAGCACCACAUGAUGGCGCCUCAUUCCCAGCAAGACAUGGCGCGUCAUUCCCAGCACCACAUGGCGCCUCGUUCCCAGCAAGACAUGGCGCCUCAUUCCCAGCAGCACAUGGCAAAGCGUCAUUCCCACCUGGACAUGAAAACGCCUCAUUCCGAGCCGGGGUUGGCUAGUAAUAGCCGGCAGGAGUUGGAAAGCCUUCCGCUCUCCCAGCCGGCGGUAUGUGGGCGGCGGGGGCUGGAGUCGAUCAAGCUGGAUGAGAUGGUGGCGCGGGUGGUGGGGUCCGAUGGGCACAGCUGGCUAAAGUACGGCCAGAAGCAAGUGCAGCGAUCCAGCACCAUCAGGUGCUACUACAAGUGCAGUCGCUCCAAGUUCUCCACUUCCUGCCCCGCCAAGAAGACCAUCGACAUUGACUGCCAUGCGCUCCUCUCACCGCACGUCUUUCAAGUCACCUACCGCUGCCGCCGCCACAAUCACCCAGCUCUACCCAAGCGCUCGGCCAGCCGAUUUUUCAGCCACCCAGCUCUGCCUAGGCAUUUGCAUAACCGAUUUAUUGGCGCUGUUGCUGCUGCUGCUGGCUUUACUGCAGUACCAGACGCCGUUCCCAGAGCACAUUCUGGCAGCGGGGAGCCGAAGACCUGCUGGCACUCCGAGCUGACUUCUGAGUCGACUCCAAAGUCACCUCUGGCUUCGUCCAACGCUGCUGCUGCUACUGUUGGCGUUGCCGCGUCGUCGGGCGCCGUUUUCCCAGGACAAUCUGGCGGAGGGGAGCCGAACACCUGCAGGCACUCUGAGCUGGCUCUUGAGUCGACUCUAAAGUCACCCCCAGCUUCAUGCAGCGCUGCUGCUUCUUCUGCUGCUGCCGGCUUUGCCGCACCAACCGACGCCGUAUGCACAGCACGUUCUGGCAGUGGGGUGCCCGCCAGGAACGUCAGUACCGCCAGGCACUCCUUGAGGUUUGAACAGCAUGGGAGCACGCAAGUGACUGCUGCUGCUGCUGUUGGUGCUGGUGGUGGUAGUGAGGGUGCUGCUGCUGCUGUCGGCUUUGCCGCACUACCUGGCACUGUUCCCAUGGCACAUCCUGGCUGUGGGGAGCUAAACAUGCUUGAACAGCUUGGGAGCACGCAAGUCAGUGCUGCUGCUGCUGCUGCUGCUACUGCUGCUGCUGCUGCUGGUUCUAACGGUUUGGCAAAUGCCAACGCCGUUUUCGUGUCAGAAUUUUGCACUGAGGGCAGUGAGGUGCUGAACACUCUCAGGCCACAAGAAGCACCAGAAGUAGCAGCAGUAACCACAACAUCAACAGCAGCAGCAGCAGCAGCAGCGCACGUGUACACAGCCUGCGAAUUCUCAGAGGACCAUCAUGCCACCCACCCCCGGGAGAUCCAAUGGUACCUACCGGGAGCACCCCUACCGGGAGCACCCUUACCGGGAGCACCCCUUCCGGGAGCACCCCUACCGGGAGCACCCCUGCCGGGAGCACCCCUGCCGGGAGCACCCCUGCCGGGAGCACCCCUGCCGGGAGCACCCCUGCCGGGAGCACCCCUGCCGGGAGCACCCCUGCCGGGAGCACCCCUGCCGGGAGCACCCCUGCCGGGAGCACCCGUGCCGGGAGCACCCUUGCUGGGAGCACCCCUGCCAGGAGCACCCGUGCUGGAACUGCACCUACCUGGAGUGUACCUAUCAGAAGCUUUCAUGCGUGAAGUGCCGUCUGCAGGCUCAAUACAAGGAGGAGCGCCUUUGAGCCACGAGCUCGAAUGGCUCCUACCAGAAGUCUACCUACCACCAGACGCACCCCCACCGGAACCACCCCUGCCGGGAACACCCCUGUUGGAACCGCACCUGCCAGAACCGCACCCAGCAGAACCGCACCCAGAAGAACCGCGCCCAGCAGAAGCUUCUAUGCAUGGAGUGCCGUAUGCAGGUGUGAUUCAAAGAGGAGCGCCUUUGGGCCGGAGGCGAGAAUGGCCCCUUCCAGAAGUGUACCUGACAGGAGCGCACCUACCGGGGGCACACCUUUCGGGAGAGCACCUACCGGGGGCACACCUUUCGGGAGAGCACCUACCGGGGGCACACCUUUCGGUAUCGCACCUUUCGGGAGCGCACUUUUCGGGAGCGCACCUUUCGGGAGCUCAUCCACCGGAAGUUUCAAUGCAUGAAGAGCCGUCAGCUCAGCAAGGAGCGGUUUGUCCCUCAUCACAACACGGAAUGCCGCUCGAGUCGCUGAUCCCGCAAGGAGUGCUUGAGUUCCUGGGAGGGGCCAGCACUGCCUGUGUCUCUGACUUUGCAGGGGCUGAUGUGCGGCCACAGUUCCAACGAUGGCUGGAGGGGCGAGACCAAUGGACCCAUAUUUCUCAGGGUUAGCCACAGGACUCAAAAUACACCUUUGCAGGGGCUGAUGUGUGGCCACGGUUCCAACGAUGGCUUAAGGGGGCAGCAGCUUGGAAUGGAGGUUUCUUGUAGCUGCUUCGCCCCCCAGCCCAACAGAGGACGACUGAGCCAAAGAUUUGCAAGGACUGCUUGACCCUUCACCACAACAUGGAGUGCUUGAGAUCCUGGGAGGGGCCAGCACCACCUGCAUCUCUGACUUUGCAGAGCUUCACGUGCGACCACAGUUCCAACGAUAGCUGGAGGGUGCAGCCUCCCAGAGGGAGUCUUUUGUAAACGAGUGGCAUGGUCUGAGCAUCUCCCUAAUCUGUUGCUGACUUUUCAGCGGUUGAGUGCGGCAGCAGCUGUAGGGCUGGCUUGAGGGUGCGGCUUAGAGGAAACACGUGGUCACGUGGUGUGACCUUAAGGGUGCGGCGUAGAGGGGAGCUUUUAUAGCGCUAUCACGUGGUCUGAGUGAGCAUCGCUUGCUGAAUUGGCAGCGACAGAUGUGUGGCAGCAGAUGCAGCAAGGGCUUGAGGGUGCAGCUGCCCAGAGGGGUUUUCUUGUAACUGAGUAACGUGGUCAGAGCAUCUCUAAUCUCGUGCUGACUCGGCAGCGACAGAUGUGUGGCAGCAGAUGCAGCCCUGGCUUGAGGGGGCGGCUUAGAGGGGACCUGAUGGAGCUCUAACACGUGGUCUCAGUGAGCAUCUCUUGCUGACUAUGGACUGGUUGCUGUGCGGCAGCAGUUGCAGCACUGGCUUGGGAGUGCAGCUGCCUGGAGGGGGUGUCUUUGUUGCUGACUUCGCCGGGGCUGCUGUGCGGCGGCAGCAGCGGCAGCAGCAGCAGCAGCAGCAACAACAGCAGUUGCAACGAUGGCUGUAGGGCGCUGCUUGAAGAGGAGCUUUUGUAACGCGGUAACAUGGUCUGAGCGCCUCUUGCUGACUGUGGUGCAGUCAAUGAGUGGCAGCAGCUGCAGCAGGGGCUUGAGGGUGCAGCUGCGCAGAGGGCUUUCCGUGUAACUGAGUAACAUGGCCCGAGCAUCUCUCGCUGACCAUGCAGCGGUCGAAGUGUGGCAGCAGCUGUAGCAGGGGUUUGAGGGUGCGGCGGCUUGGAGGGGAGCUUUCGUAACUCGGCACUGGGGUUUGCUUGCAGGGGAGGGGAGCAUCUCUCUUGCUGACUGUGCAGUGGUUGCUGUGCAGAGGGGUUUCCCUGUAACUGAGUAACCUGGUCUGAGCAUCUCUAAUCAC